AUGAUUAUUGAUGUAGCUAAUGUCAUUAAGGAAGUCGAUCAGGAAGGUAGUUACAAGUAUCCGGUCUCUUCAUAUCUAUCUAUUUCAGUUUCUUUCUUUCUUUCUUUCUUUCUUUCUUUCUAUCUAUCUAUCUAUCUAUCUAUCUAUCUAUCUAUCUAUCUAUCUAUCUAUCUAUCUAUCUCAUCUAUCUAUCUAUCUAUCACAGAUUCUAACCAUCUAUCUAUCUAUCUAUCUAUCACAGUCUUUCAUAUCUAUCUAUCUAUCUAUCUAUCUAUCUAUCUCAGUCUGUUAAACAACAAAAAUCACUAUCUAUCUAUCUAUCUAUCUAUCUAUCUAUCUAUCUAUCUAUCUAUCUAUCUGUCCGAAGGUCCCAAAUUUUUCGGCAAAAGGCUAAUCUAUCUAUCUAUCUAUCUAUCUAUCUAUCUAUCUAUCUAUCUAUCUAUCUAUCUAUCUAUCAAGUUCGUUUUUAUUUUCACUUUCUUUUUCUUUCUUUCUUUCUUUCUUUCAUUCUUUUCUAUCAUUCAUUUAUUCAUUAUCCUUUCUUUCUUUCUUUCUUUCUUUCUUUCUUUUCUGUCUUUUAUUUAUUCAUUAUUCUUUCUUUCUUUCUUUUCUAUCAUUCAUUUAUUCAUUAUUCUUUCUUUCUUUAUUUCUUUCUUUCAUUCUUUCUUUUCCAUCAAUCAUUUAUUCAUUAUUCUUUCUUUCUUUCUUUCUUUCUUUCUUUCUUUUCUAUCAUUCAUUUAUUCAUUAUUCUUUCUUUCUUUCUUUCUUUCUUUCUUUCUUUCUUUCUUUCUUUCUUUUCUAUCAUUCAUUUAUUCAUUAUCCUUUCUUUCUUUCUUUCUUUCUUUCUUUUCUAUCAUUCAUUUAUUCAUUAUUCUUUCUUUCUUUCUUUCUUUCUUUCUUUUCUUUCUUUUAUUUAUUUUUUCUUUCUUUUAUUUAUUCAUUAUUUAUUCUUUCUUUUUUCUUUCUUUUCUUUUUCUCAUUCAUUUAUUCAUUAUUCUUUUUUCUUUUCUUUCUUUUUCUUUUCUUUCUUUUCUUUUCAUUUUCUAUCAUUCAUUUAUUCAUUAUUCUUUCUUUCUUUCUUUUUAUUUUAUCUUUUCUUUUCUAUCAUUCAUUUAUUCAUUAUCCUUUUUCUUUCUUUCUUUUCUUUCUUUUCUUUUUUUCAUCAUUCAUUUAUUCAUUAUCCUUUCUUUUCUUCUUUCUUUCUUUCUUUCUUUUCUUUUCUAUCAUUCAUUUAUUCAUUAUUCUUUCUUUCUUUCUUUCUUUCUUUUCUAUCAUUCAUUUAUUCAUUAUCCUUUCUUUCUUUCUUUCUUUCUUUCAUUAUUUCUUUCUUUCUUUAUUUCUUUCUUUCUUUCUUUUCCAUCAAUCAUUUAUUCAUUAUUCUUUCUUUCUUUCUUUCUUUCUUUCUUUCUUUUCUAUCAUUCAUUUAUUCAUUAUCCUUUCUUUCUUUCUUUCUUUCUUUCUUUCUUUCUUUCUUUUCCAUCAAUCACUUAUUCAUUAUCUUUCUUUCUUUCUUUCUUUCUUUUCUAUCAUUCAUUUAUUCAUUAUUCUUUUCUUUUUUUUUCUUUCUUUCAUUUUCUUUUUCUUUUCCAUCAAUCAUUUAUUCAUUAUUCUUUUUCUUUUUUUCUUUUUCUUUCUUUUUUCUUUUCUUUCUUUCUUUUCUAUCAUUCAUUUAUUCAUUAUUCUUUCUUUAUUUCUUUUCUUUCUUUCUUUCUUUUCUUUUCUAUCAUUCAUUUUUUUAUUCAUUAUCCUUUCUUUCUUUCUUUUCUUUCAUUAUUUUUUCUUUUCUUUCUUUAUUUUCUUUCUUUUCUUUUUUUCCAUCAAUCAUUUAUUCAUUAUUCUUUCUUUCUUUCUUUCUUUCUUUCUUUCUUUCUUUCUUUUCUAUCAUUCAUUUAUUCAUUAUUCUUUCUUUCUUUCUUUCUUUCUUUCUUUCUUUCUUUUCUAUCUUUUAUUUAUUCAUUAUUCUUUGUUUAUUUAUUUUCCUUUCUUUCUUUCUUUUCCAUCAAUCAUUUAUUCAUUAUUCUUUCUUUCUUUCUUUCUUUCUUUCUUUUCUAUCAUUCAUUUAUUCAUUAUUCUUUCUUUAUUUAUUUAUUUCUUUCAUUCUUUCUUUUCCAUCAAUCAUUUAUUCAUUAUUGUUUCUUUCUUUCUUUCUUUCUUUCUUUCAUUCUUUCUUUCUUUCUUUUCUAUCAUUCAUUUUUUCAUUAUCCUUUCUUUCUUUCUUUCUUUCUUUCUUUUCUUUUUUCUUUCUUUUUUUCUUUUCAUUCAUUUUUCAUUAUCCUUUCUUUCUUUUUUUCUUUCUUUUUCUAUCAUUCAUUUAUUCAUUAUUCUUUCUUUCUUUUAUUUUUUAUUUUAUUUUCAUUCUUUUUUCUUUCCAUCAAUCAUUUAUUCAUUAUUCUUUCUUUCUUCCUUUCUUUCUUUUCUAUCUUUUAUCUAUUCAUUAUUCUUUCUUUCUUUUCUAUCAUUCAUUUAUUCAUUAUCCUUUCUUUCUUUCUUUCUUUCUUUUAUUUAUUCAUUAUUCUUUCUUUCUUUCUUUCUUUUCUAACUUUUAUUUAUUCAUUAUUCUUUCUUUCUUUCUUUCUUUUUUUUCUAUCUUUUAUUUAUUCAUUAUUCUUUCUUUCUUUCUUUCUUUUCUAUCUUUUGUUUAUUCAUUAUUCUUUCUUUCUUUAUUUCUUUCUUUCAUUCUUUCUUUUCCAUCAAUCAUUUAUUCAUUAUUCUUACUGCCUUUCUUUCUUUCUUUCUAUCAUUCAUUUAUUCAUUAUUCUUUCUUUCUUUCUUUUCUAUCAUUAA